CAUACAGACUAAGAUGUCAGGGUGAGUGGAAGGAAACCAGGACUGGACAUACAAGACUGGGACUUUCUGAUAAACACCCUUUCAAUCUAAAACAAGACAGGAUCCCCAGAAAACACCAGUGGGUGAAGACUUUCAAAGUUAAAAUACCGACUAGGGAGGACUGGAGCAAGUAUAACUACAAAGCCAAUCCAGAGGUAGACACUUGGUUCACGGAUGGAUCGGGAGCAAACGGUCGAUAUGGGGCAGGGAUAUUUGGGCCCAAUAUUAACCAAGAGGUAAGCAUACCAAUAGGUGAGCUGGCCACAGUGUUUCAGGCUGAAGUGCUGGCCAUCCAAAAAUGUGCGGAACUCCUGCUAAAGGAGAGAAAUAGAAAACAAAUACAUAUUUGCACGGAUAGCAGAGCAGCUAUUGGGGCACUUGCAAGGGUAACAAACAAGGUAACCCUAGUAUGGGUCCCUGGACAUCAGGGUAUACCUGGAAAUGAGAGAGCGGACGAGUUGGCAAAGCUGGGCACCGAAAAGGUCCCGGCUGAACGGAUCGUCGGAGUCCCAUUUUCAGCAGGAACAAAAACUAUUAAAGAGUGGCUUGAACGGGAGCACUUGAACUCCUGGGAAGGGAUAGAGGACUGCAGACGAGCCAAGCAACUCAUGAAACUUCCAAAACCAGCAAGAACUAAAGAACUGCAGGCGAUGGGAAAAGAGAAACUGAGCAGAG